GCGUCCAAUAAAACCCAAAUACGGUAAUUGUUGACUUCCGUAGAAAUCUUUUUACGUCACGCCAUCAUCGGCCAAUCUUACUUGCAUGACGUCACCAGAAUUUACACCUCGUGAAACAAGCUACGGAUAUAGACGACCGAGUAGUUUUUGCCUAUUUGCUGUAGUUUGUGCAGUGUAAAGGAUGGCUGAAAGUGACCCAGAUCUUUCAAACUCCUUUGGUGGAGCCAUACUUCAUGAGCCCCAACCUUAUGUACCGUCAAACCCGAUCCAUGAAAAUGAUAUUGAAAGACUUCUGUCAGUGGAGAGCGAGGUGAUGGAAGGAUCAUGGUCUCGUGUGAAAAAGACAAAAGAUGCUGAAGUCUGGAGAAGGGAUUCUAAUGAGGAGGGAUUUCCACCAAUUACAAAGGCUGUUCUACAACUGGAAGAUGUUCCUUUCAAGAAAGUGGUGAAGCUGAUGACAGACUGGAAGUUGCGUCAGGAAUGGGACAAGACUGCAGCUGUUGUGGAUGUUUUGGACAGAAUAGGAAAUUUCAAAGUGGUUUACAACCGCCUGAAGAUGCCGCUGUUUUGUACUAAGAGAGAUGCUGUGCUGGCCUCAUUAGAGCGUUAUGACUCAGACCAACACUGUUAUAUCCUGGCACUACGCAGUACUGAGCAUCCUCUUAUUCAAGAAACGCAGAAGUCAAGCUUUGUGAGGGCUGAGACCAUCCUUUCAGGCACAAUAAUACGACCAGUUGGGGAUGGUUCCCAGUCCUCCACUGUCACCAUCAUCACCCAGAUGAAGCUGAAAGGCUCUGCGCCACAGUUCAUCAAAAACAGCUACCUGGCUGGGAGCCCUGUGAAACGAAUGCAGCUGUUGAAGAAAUUCUACAUUAAACACCAAGGUGAUGAGGACAGCAACUUGAGUUUGAGUGGCAGCGAUAAGGACAUCAAGAUGAGUCCGUUCACCAGUCCUAAGAAGCCAAAGUCCACGAGUUCCACUGGAGGAAGUAUUGAUAAUGUAAUGGAUUAAUGUUAUUUAGAACUAUUUAUAGAAUCAAUUUAAUUGCAACUGAGGGUAGUAAGUAUUAUUUAUUUUGCACCAAUAUUUGUAAUGUUAUAAUCACGACUAGGGUGGUCAAAAACUUUUGAGGUACUGGCCUGUAGUUCUACUAUUGGAGUAGACGGCUGAUCCUGGGGGAGGACAUCCACAUAAAAAGGCCAGGGGUGCUUGCAUACCUUUUAGGGGUUAAAAAAAGCAGUGUUGGUACCUUUUAGGGUGUUCAAUCUCAAAAGGUCCAGCUGGAGCUUUUGUGGUGCCUUUUAGGGUAUUGAGGUGAAACAGUAUGACAGGAGAUAAUGUGUUAUGUAAGAAGUGGUUCCUCUUACUGG